GACUUAGACAACUGGCGUCCAUAUAUACUGAGAGAAUCGUACGAAAAUGGAGACGUGUUUAGCACAGCACUUCAUAGAGUGCACAUUGUGCGAGGGGAACGCAUUAUAUCACUGUAACACAUGCCAGUUUGAUCUCUGCCAAACAUGUAAAAUACGUCAUCAGACGAAAAAGCCGACAAAAAAACAUGACGUUGUUCUGUAUAGUGAUAGGAGACCUCCAUUUUAUCCAGAACCCUGCAAAAUACACAUGGACAAGAUGUAUGACGCAUGCUGUAUUAAUGCAGUACACCAGUUUGCAUGACAUGCGUGAUGGAGAAACAUGUUGGACACGAAUUGAAAGAUUUAAGGGCGGCAUUCCUAGAAAAAGUGGAGGGGGUCAUGAAAAAAAUCCCUCGAUGCGAAGAAAAUCUUCUCAAAUACAAAGAUAUGGUUAAAGAUCUCAGUGAUAAAAAGGAGAAAUGCACAUUAGAAAUCCCGAAAAUAAAGAAUGUUUUGGAAUCUGAAGCAAAAGAGAUGAAGACACUAGUAGAUGAAGUUUUGGAUGAAAAAAAGAAGGAUUUGGACAGAACACAAAAGACUCUAAUGGAAGAUAUCACUCAACAGGAGACGAAAAUAAACACAUACAUCGCACAAACACGGCGUUUUUGGAGUGAUUUUGAAAAAUGGAAGAAGACAACAGAAUAUGCCAGUUUCUUGUCACUGGACUUGGAAACACGCUUAGCAGAACUGAAAGAUGCUCCAAAAAUCAAGGAAAUUUCGUUUCCAACUCUCAAAGAAAAUAACAUUAAGAAAAAGGAUAUCGAAAAUAUGUUCAGUUCAGUUAGCCUCAAGAAGGAAUUGAAUGCACCAGGAUGCAUUUUACUGAAUGGGAUCACCAAAGGCUUCCAUCUUUCAUACCAAAAAAGUGGACGGAUCUGGAUGAGUGACUUCUAUCGGUCACUACUUCAAACUGAUAUUGAUGGGAACAUUUUGAAUAAACUAGAUGUAAAGGGAGGCGGUGUCGGUUUUCAUACUGUCUCCAUAGAAGGCGAGUUGCUAUUCACAGACCAGGAAAAUGGAUGCGUCAGCAAAAUUAAGCAGGAUGGCUCAAUGGAACGUAUUAUUUCAAUUCGAAAUUGGGUUCCUAUCUGCGUCUAUGCCAGUCAUUUCAAUGGAGAUACCCUGAUUGGACUGACAAACGCAAAAGAGAACAAAAUAGCAAGGUUCAACAAAAGACAUGAAAAGGUCCAGCAAAUAGAGAAUGGGGAUAAUGGAGAUGUUUUAUUCUCAAGUAUCUUUUAUAUUACUGAAAACUUUCAAGGUGACAUUUGCGUUUCUGACAAUAGAAAGAAGGCAGUGGUUGUCGUCAGCAAGACUGGAAAGCUUCGUUUUAACUACACGGGGGAUCCAAUGGGAACCCUAGGGCACCCAUGGGGGAUUUGCACUGAUGCACAUGGUCAUAUUUUCGUCUGCGAUCCAAACAAUAAGAGAAUCCAUAUGCUUGAUCCAGAUGGAAGACUACUUUGCUACAUUCUCACCCAUGUUAAUUUCAAAGAAGGCGGACCAGUUGGAAUUUGUCUCGAUCACAAUAAUGAUUUAUGGGUAUCCAAUUGGAAAAAUGCAACCGUAAAAAGAUACAGAAUUAAAAAAAAAUAAUACCAAAAAUACAAAAAGGCUUUAAGACUUGAACAAUAUCGUAGCCAUCGAGAACAAUGCUAUAAAAGCUUUUUAGUGACCUUACUUCUGCAUUGGACUAUAACCAACUCGAGGAUGAUGAAGUUCUGAACAUUUUUUAUGUUAAGAUUAAUUAUUAUACAUUUUAUGUAUUUAUUUUCCCUUUUGUUAAAUGAGCGAGUCAUCUUUGUUCAUCAAUACUUCAUUUUCUUUAA